AUGAAGUUGACCUUCACUACCAUCGUUGGCGGGCUGGCUGCGACAACCACAGCCCAUGGUUUCGUUCAACAGCUCAUGCUCGGCGAGAAUCUAGUCGACACCUGGAACCCUUACAAAGAUCCAUCGAAGAAGGUCAACAAGAUUACUCGCAAGUUCAAAGACAAUGGUCCGGUAACCGACGGCUUGUUUACGACCGAUGCCAUUACCUGCAACAUUGGAUCUGACAAGAAUAACGUUCCUGCCACUGAGACCGCUAGUGUGCCUGCCGGCAGCAAUGUCAAGUUCAUCUGGACUGGGUGGAAGAGCGAUCAUCCUGGCCCAAUUGUGACCUACCUUGCCGAUUGUGGUGGCAAGUGCAGCGAGUUUGAUGGAAGCAAGGGCAACGUUUGGGUCAAGAUCGACCAGUCCGGCUACGACCCGACGGAGACUAUCCCAUGGGCCAGCAAGCGUCUUCCCGAGAACAACAGUACCUACACCAUAAAGCUGCCCUCCAAGAUUGCACCUGGAGAAUAUAUCCUGAGACACGAGAUCCUCGGGUUGCAACGAACCAACAAGGACGGCAACCUCGCCCAAUUCUACCCCGGAUGCCAUCAGAUCACGGUGACUGGGACCGGGACCACCAAACUUCCCGAGGGAAUCGCACUUCCUGGAGCCUAUCAGGCGGACGACACCAAGUCGAUUCUGCUCGAUUACCGUAAAGUUACCGAGUACACUCCUCCCGGCGGCCCUGUUUGGACCGAUGCUGGUUGGGCACAGUGAUCCACCCCAUCCCCAAACUACAACGCUUCCUUCACCAUGUACAUACUUGAUGGUCUGCAUCCGCACCACUGUAGAUACUUCCGCUUAUUCCAACACAUCACUUCAACACGAAGGUCUCCAGCUGUCUAGAAUCUACAGAUAGUGAUUGAUCUAGUACGCGUAAAGGUUGAUUGCUUCAUCCUGAGUGGCUCUGAUUUUCCUAUUGGCGCGUUUCAAAAUGAACUUCAUAGCCCAUGCUGUCAAGACCACUCCCAGCGAGAAAGCGAUGCUAG